AUGCAUCCACAAAAGGAAGAAUCCUACACCGAAAGCGGCGACUCCGGCUUCCAUACAGAACCGUCACUAAGCGCCGAAAUCGUCGCUUCGAACACAACGGAGACCUCGGGAGGAACCCGGGAGAAACAUUCAAAACAGACUUCCGAUUCAGGCGUUGACCUCUGUUCAAAUGGGUCUCUCCGUGAAAAGGAUACAGACGAGCUGUGCAAAAGCUUGGGACAGCUCAGAAUGGGAACGGAACUAGCCAAGAAUAUUUCAACCUGGGAGAACUACUUCUUCCAAAACGACGAUGGCGAUACCUAUCUUCACUGGUCGGUGAGCCACGGAGCUAGCGAUGUGGUUCGGGAAAUGAUAAAGGUGGCACCUCGUUACUGCCUGGACAUUCAGAAUGACUUUUGCCAGACAGCACUGCACCUUUCGGUUCUUACAGACCAACCCAAGGUUGUACGGCUGCUUGUCGCAGCCGGCGCGAAUCUAGAAAUUCGGGAUGUGCUAGGAAACACUCCGUUGCACUUGGCGUGUCUACGGGGUAAAACCACUUGCGCUAAGGAACUGCUGGCUAGCAAAGUUUCUUUCAAUUUUGAGCUGUGGAACUAUAGCGGAAAACGAUGCAUUCACGUAGCGACCGAGAAAUCCAACAUAGAGAUACUUCGCUGCUUAGUUAGCGCGGGAGCUGAUAUCAAUUCAAGGGAAGGUUCCGCUGGAUUGACACCAUUGCACAUUGCAACUGAAAUGGAAAACGAGCAAGUUAUCGACUUCUUGCUGAACGAGUGCCCCAAGCUUUGGCUGGAACAGGUGACGUACGCAGGAUUCACUGCCUAUCAGCUGGCGGCUAUCAUGCGAAAUGAAGCUAUACUUAAGAAACUGUGUAAAAAAGGCGCAGAUAAGCUCCCUUCGCCGGUGGACAGCGAUGAUGAAAGGUGGGAAUGCGAGCCGCAAGAUCUAAUAAGAAUGGAGAGGGAAGAAGAUUAA